AUGGCAAAAGAAUAUGAAUAUCCUCACAUAUCACUACCUAUACAUCAAAUGAAAUUACAUUAUGACGUGGUGGUUAUUGGGUCAGGCUAUGGUGGUGGAAUUGCUGCUUCUCGCAUGUCAAGAGCCGGCAAACGGGUUGCAUUAUUAGAAAAAGGAAAAGAACGAUGGCCCGGAGAAUAUCCAAAUACAUUAAAAGAAUGUUUGAAAGAAAUUCAAUAUAGCUCUCCAGAAAAGCAUCUCGGUAAAAAAACUGGAAUGUACCAUUAUUAUAAUGGUAGUGAUCAAAAUGCUGUUGUAGCCUGCGGUCUCGGAGGUACAUCUCUUAUUAAUGCAAAUGUAGCUCUUGAAGCCGAUGAUCGUAUCUGGCAAAUGUCAAUUUGGCCUGACGAAAUUCAAAAUGAUCAUGAUUCUAUGAAAAGAGGAUACGAAAGAGCAAAAGAAAUGCUUCAACCAUGUCAAUAUCCAGCUCAUUUUCCUGAAUUACCGAAAUUAAGAACUUUGGAAACUCAGGCGAGAUUAUUGGGAGAAGAAUAUCAUAAAAAUUUUUAUAGGGCUCCUAUUACUGUCACAUUCGAAAAUCGAGUUAAUGCUGCGGGAGUACGUCAACGUGCUUCUACGUUAACAGGAAAUGAUGCUACAGGAAUUAAUGAUGGUAGUAAAAAUAGUACACUAAUGAAUUAUAUACCCGAUGCAUGGAAUCACGGUUGUGAAAUAUUUUGUGAAUGUGAAGUAAGAAGUAUUAAAAAAUGCAAAAAAACCGGAAGAUACAUUGUAUUUUAUGAAUGGUUAGAUGACAAACGUACAAAUUUUACAGAUGAUAAUCGUCAUAGCCUUUACUUUGUUAUUGCUGAUACUGUUUUUCUUGCGGCUGGUACGUUUGGUUCCAAUGAAAUCUUAAUGAGAUCGAAGUCUUAUGGUUUAAAGAUUAGCGAUCGUUUGGGAAAAGGAUUCAGCGGAAAUGGUGAUAUAUUUGGACUUGGCUAUAACACGGAUUAUCUUGUUAAUUGUGUCGGACCAAUUAAAGAUAAUACAGCCAGCAUGAAAAAUCCAGUUGGCCCAUGUAUUACUGGUGUUAUUGAUAUGCGUCGCAGCGCCGAAAAUGUACUUGAAGGUUAUGUGAUUGAAGAAGGAACUAUACCCGGAUCUACGGGUAAAAUUUUCAAACUAGUUCUCGAAGCAGGAAGUUUAUUAAUUGGUACCGAAUCACAAAACACUACAUUAUCACAGUAUGCAAAAAAGUUAUGGAGAAAAAUUGAAUCGCCAUUUAAUGGAGUUUAUACUGGUGCUACAUCACAUACUCAAACUUAUUUGAUCAUGUCACAUGACGAUAAUACAGGCCAAAUAGAAUUAGUAGAUGACCGCUUGAAAAUAUCAUAUAAUGGUGUAGGUGCUUCUGACACUGUAAGUAAAUUAAAUAAAAUAUUAGAAGAAGCUACAAUUAAAAUUAAUGGAACUUAUAUUCCAUCCCCUUUAUGGACUGAACCUUUGGGAAGUGAGUUAAUUACAGUUCAUCCCAUUGGAGGUUGUAGUAUAGGAAAAAAUGGAAAACAUGGUGUUGUAAAUCAUAAAGGCCAAGUAUUCGUAGAUGAUAGUAAUAAUCUUCAUGAAGGACUUUACGUGUGUGAUGGUUCAAUUAUACCAACUGCCCUUGGGGUUAAUCCAUUUUUAACGAUUAGUGCAUUGACUGAAAGAAUUUGUGAAUAUGCAGCAAAAGAUCGUGGGUGGGAAAUUAAUUACGAUCUUGUCAAAAAGCCAAUUGAUUUUGAUCAGCCACUUAUAUCUUAUGAACGAAAAUUCGAUUUGACCAAUCGAGGACAUAUAUUGGAAGGUGGAAUAAGUUUCACGGAAGUUAUGAGAGGUUAUUUUUCAACCGAAGUUUUAUCAGCAGAUUAUGUUGCCGCUGAACUGCAAGCAAAAUCUUCAGAUUCGACAAUGCAAUUCAUGUUAACAAUAAUUGCAUACAACGUUGAAACAUUAGUUGAAAUGGAUGAUCAUUCUGCAUUAAUUACUGGAACAGUUUCGUGCCGUGCGUUGUCACCUGAUCCGCUGCUUGUUACUAAUGGGAAGUUUCGUUUAUUUAUCCCAAGAACUGAUCAUGUUGAUUCUAAUCAAAUGAUGUAUGAUUUGAAUUUGUCUGCAACUGAUGGAACAAAAUACCGACUCAAAGGAUAUAAAUUAAUUAAGAAUGGAACAUUUUCAGAACAAGUAACGUCUACAACUACUUUAUAUGUUACAAUAUAUCAUCUUGAUGAUUUAGAUAAUAUUGACGAAGAGGAGGAAGCUGAUAUAAGAAAAGUUGUCGGUAGAGGAAUUCUAAGAAUUAAACCUUCUGAUCUUUUGAAGCAAUUAACUACACUCAAGGCAACUGGAGAGACAUCUGAAUCAAGAUUUAAAGCUAUGAUUACGUUCAAAAAUUUUUUUGUAACAACAAUUUUAAAACAUAUAUUUGUUAGAUUUCUUCCUUUAGAAUAUUCUCAAACCUUUUCAGUCGCAAAAACAUUUUAUUAUAAGAGUAGACCAAAAAAAGAGAUGUGGGAAAUUAUAGCUGAAGAUGAUGUAAAAAGUUUAUUGCAUAGAUAUCAGGGUGGAAGAAAAGGACCAAUUCUUUUUGUACAUGGUGCCGCUAUGUCGCAUGAAAUGUGGACAACUAAUUUAAUUAAAAAUAAUAUAGUGGAUUAUCUUUUAGAACACGGGUAUGACAUAUUCUUAAUUGACAAUCGAUUGUCAACUGCAAAUAUCGCUUCUAAAGAACAGCAAACUUUAGAUGAUAUUAGAUUAGAUCAAGCUGCAGCGACUAAAAAAAUUCGUGAAAUUACCGGUGUUGAAAAAAUUGGUAUAAUUGCUCAUUGUGUUGGAUCAAUUGCAACAUUUAUGGGAUUGUUAGAUAGAAAAAUCGAAGGAGUGGGAUGCCUUAUUGCUUCACAAGUUGCAAUGCAUCCUUCGGCUGGAUUUUGGAAUAGAGUUAAAAUGCGUUUAAAUAUACUUCCAUUUACUAGAUUCGUACUACGUCAGUCAUUAUUCGAUGCAAGAACUUCUCCAGAGACUAAUUUAACCAACAAAAUACUUGAUCAAUUAUUACGUUUUUAUCCGGUAUCGAAAGGUCAAAUUUGUCGUAAUGCUUUAUGUCAUAGAACAUCAUUUUGUUAUGGUACUUUAUAUCAACACGAAAAUAUUAACCAGCAAAUUCAUGAUUAUCAAGAUGAAUUUGUCGGUAUUGUUAAUCUCACUACUAUGCAACAUCUUGCUAAGGUAUCCAAAAAGGAGUUGCUAUUAAAUUACCAAGGCCAAAAUGUGUAUGUAACACAAGAAAAUAUUCGAAAUAGGCUAAACUUUCCAAUUUGUUUCAUUCAUGGAGAUAAGAAUGUUGUAUUCGAUAUAAAGUCAACGAAGAAGAGUUACGACGCAUUACGAUUAGUGAAUGGAGCAGAUAAUUACGUAUAUAAUGAAAUUAAUAAUUACGGACAUCUCGAUGUUUGGUGGGGAACAAAUGCUAAUGAAGAUGUAUUUCCCAAAGUAUUAAAUCACUUGGAAGAAACCCAACAUUUAUGGGGAUAUACAGCUCAACAUCCAUCAAAUGGUUUUCAACCCUUUGAUGAUUCUUAA